AUGGGGAUGAUGUUGGUCCUGCGUUUGUUGCGCAUUAUAAGUCUUUCAUUGGUUCUCCUGGGCAGGUUUCUCGAUUUGAUUAUGAUGAUCUUUUUGAUAAGAAACUGUCACCUAAUUGGGCUAUGGAGAUGGUCAAAGCUAUUACUGAUGUUGGCAAUUUUUGAUAUGGGCGACGAGAAAGCUCCAGGGCCUGAUGGUUUUUCUGUGGCGUUUUUCAAGAGUUCUUGGGAUGUUAUUGGUCCUAGUGUUAUUGAAUCGGUAAGGGAUUUCUUUGUUCCAGCUUUCGUGCCUGGAAGGCGGAUCUUUUACAAUAUUCAGCUUACUCAGAAUUUGAUGCAUAAUUAUUACUUGGAUAGAGGUACGUCUAGAUGUGCUUUCAAGGUUGAUAUUCAAAAGGCUUAUGAUACUGUUGAUUGGCGUGUUUUAAAGAGGAUUCUCAUUGAAUUUGGUUUCCAUCCUCAUAUGAUUCAUUGGAUUAUGAUGUGUGUUGCGACCCCAUCAUUCUCUCUAAGUAUUAACGGAUCGUUACAUGGAUUUUUUGCGGGAAAGCGAGGGUUGAGACAAGGUGACUCAUUAUCGCCUUAUCUCUUUACUCUUGUCAUGGAGGUCUUAACGCUAUUGCUAAAGAGGAAAGUUUCUAAAUCGGGUGAUUUUACUUAUCAUCCACAAAGUGAAGAGUUGGAUAUUAUUAACCUCUGUUUUGCAGACGACUUAAUUAUUUUUCUACAUGCUGAUGUCAAGUCUGCCACAGUAGUUAUGAAGGCUUUGGAUGAGUUUAAAGCAACGUCUGGGUUAGCUCCUAGCUUGCCUAAAGGUAAGCUCCCGGUUAAGUAUCUUGGUGUUCCACUUGUUUCCACUCGAUUGAUUUACAGCGAUUGUAGAGAACUGGUUGAAAGAGUACAAGACAGAAUUUCUGAUUGCAAGAACAAGUUCUUAUCAUUUGCGGGUCAUCUCCAACUGGUACAAUCUGUUCUUUCCUCUAUGCAUGUAUAUUGGUCUACGAUGUUUAUGCUCCCGAGCAGAAUUAUUCAGGAAAUUGAACAUUUAUUGCGGGGUUUCCUUUGGUCGCAAGGGAAACUUAAACGAGGUCAGGCGAAAGUUGCUUGGGACGUUGUCUGUUUACCGAAAUCAAAAGGGGGAUUGGGUAUUAGGCGACUUGAGAGUUUCAAUGUAGCCCUUUUAUCGGUUCAUAUAUGGAACCUAUUUACUCAUAAAGAAUCUCUUUGGUUAUCUUCAUCGGUUUCUGGUCUCGUUACUGGAAAUGAUUGGAAUUGGCCUCAAGCUUGGAAAGACAGAUUCCAAAAUCUAAAUCCUCCUAGCUUAUCUAAUGUUAUACCAGAUGCACUAUAUUGGAAAGGAAGCGAUGGUACUUUACAAGUUUUUUCAGUGGAGACGGUUUGGAAUGAUAUUCGUCCUAGGAUUGUGGAAGUAGACUGGUUUCAUGUCGUUUGGUAUCCUCAAUGUAUUCCGAAACAUGCGUUUCAUCUAUGGCUAGUCAUGAAGAAAAAACUAAAAACACAAGAUCUUCUUCGACUAUGGGAUGUUCCGAAUGGCUUGGCUGCCCCUCUGGUGUGCACGCUAUGUGAAUUACAGGCUGAUUCUCAUGACCAUCUUUUCUUUCAAUCUACCUAUUCUAUGCAGGUCUGGAUCGGUGUUUGUGCAAGAGCAACAAUCCAUGUUCCUUGGGUGGAUUGGAAUGAUAUUGUUGCAAGCAUUAUUCCCACAGCUAUAAAGAAAUCGGCUGAGAAUUUUGUGAAGAAAUUAGUUUUGGCUUCUACGUCUUACUAUAUUUGGCAAGAGCGUAACUCAAGACUAUUCAUGAAAAAGAGUAAGAGAUCGCCUCAACAAUUGAUGGAAGUUAUCCUUGGAACUGUUCGACUAAAGUUGAUUACUUUAAAGUUCAAACAGAAUUCUCGAGUUGGUAAAAUGCGGGAGACAUGGAAUCUGCCAAGCUUGGUGGUCGCUACUUAA